AUGGCCACUGCAUCUGAGCCAGAGCAGAUCACCAUACCGGAAGGGUACACACUCCACACCGAAAAUACCACCCGUAUCCUUCUUCCGCCGGGGAACCAGGCGUUCCUGAACCCCGUCCAGGAAUUCAAUCGGGACCUGAGCGUCGCGUGCAUCCGCACAUGGAGCGAGCUGCUGAAUGAAGAGAAGGAGGCGAAAUGGAGGCAAACCCAGGAGAGGCGGGCGAAGAAGGCGGAGCGUGGGCCGAAGGCGAAACGGGUGAAAACGGAGGAAGGCGCUGCAGCCGUUGCGCCGGCAGCUGGAAGUGCACAAGAGGCUGCGGGCGAGGGUUCGGUGAAGCUUGAGGACACAGCGCCUGCUACUGCAGAGCCCGUCGCUGGGCCCAGCACGAAGAAGCAGCCGGAGUACCAGCCUUACAGAAGCGUGAUCCUCGAGGCACUGUCAGCAACAGGGCUGCGCUCCAUUCGCUAUGCGAAGGAGAUCCCACUUGUCAAAUACGUCAUAGCGAACGACCUCUCGCCCUCCGCGGUCGAAGCUAUGAAGCGCAAUGUGGAACUCAAUGGGCUCGCAGCACCAGAACCUACAAAAAGCGAGACCCCGGGUAAACGUGAAAACGGUCCUGCGAAGCCUCAACUGGGAAGGGUCAGAGUUAACCAGUCGGACGCUUGUGCCUUGAUGUACAACUACCGAACUGAGAGGAACCGUGUCGACGUGCUGGACCUGGAUCCGUAUGGGACUGCUGCACCGUUCAUCGAUGCCGGCAUACAAUGCGUCCAAGACGGAGGUCUUCUCUGUGUGACAUGCACAGAUCUCUCUGUCCUUGCAACCGUGAACUAUCCGGAGAAGUGCUUCUCGAACUACGGCGGCUUGCCCGUCAAGGCACAGUACUGCCACGAAGCGGCCCUUCGACUCGUGCUUCACUCUCUGUCGACGUCUGCAUCGAGAUACGGUCGGUAUAUCCAGCCCGUACUCUCUCUGUCCAUCGAUUUCUACGUGCGCAUAUUCGUGCGCAUCUUCUCAGCACCGAUUGAGGUUAAGAAGGCCUUCAGUAAGACAGCAACAUACUACAUCUGCUCAGGUUGUCAGCACUGGUACGAGCAACCCCUCGGGAGGAUUGUCGAGAAUGUCCACCAGCCUAGCGGCAACGUCAACUUGCAGUUCAAGGCACACACCGGACCUCCAGUUGCUAACAACUGUCCAGAAUGCAACUCAAAGCUGCAUAUAGCAGGGCCGAUGUGGUCGGGUGCUAUCCACGAUCCUAGCUUCAUCGGGAGGGUGCUGGACCAUGUCGACGCGAGUUCCUCCAGCUAUGGCACCUCUACCCGUAUGAAGGGCAUGCUCACCGUGGCGAAGGAGGAACUCACGCAACCAUUCUACUUCACUCCGUCAGUAAUUGCUGGGCACUUCCAUUGCGUAUGUCCACCGUUGGACGGGAUGUCGUCCGCGCUACUCCAUGCUGGGCAUAAAGUUUCACGAUCGCAUGCUUGCCCCGGCUCCCUCAAGACGUCAGCGACCCUCGCGGACGUACAUGACGUCUUCCGUUCCUGGAUCAAGAAAAAUCCUGUCCGGAUGGACAAAAUCUCACCGAAUUCGCCUGCGAUCCACCUGCUGAGCAAGGAGCCCAAAGCGGAGGCGAACUUCAAGCAUCAUCCGCAAUCGGUCACAUCAUCAUCCAAGGUCAAGAUUGUCCGGUACCAAAACAACCCGACAGCGCACUGGGGCCCCGGGAAAAAAGCGGGUACGGGGCCUGCUCCGACAGGAAAGAGGAAACGAGAAGGCGACGACGAAUAA